UCUUGACGUUGCCACCUGUCCCAAAGCAACGGUUCUUUUCGCAAGCACAAACCAAAAUUUAAGUAGUCCUGUCCAUGGGAAAGCGUCGCUCGCCUAACUCGUCCGCGAUGGGUUCUAACUACAUCGUCUUGAACAUCGACGCCCACUCCUGGACGGAGGAAGACGUGCUCCACUUUCCGACGAUUAGCAAGCCCAUUUCGCAUGGUGGGUUCACCAUGUCGCCAACCGGGCAUUUUGAACGCAAUGCGCAGAGGAUGCGAUUCAUUGUGGUGCCUCCGAAACACCGAUUUCCGAUCUCCCUGCGCGACAGUGAGCCAGAGAAGCCGGAGAAGGUGCCCCAAAUCCACCUGGACAACAUGCUGCAGUUCAUCGAGUCCACAAGGUUCGCCUUCCUCAAGCAAACGAACAACAUGCGCGUGGAGCUGAAUGCCCAAAUAGUGUGCACCAGCGAGGUUCUCGAGCUGAUGAUGUGCGCCCCCUACGAGCACAAGACGGGCUGGUCCCUAGGAGUCUCCCGGUACCGCAACACCAUGUACAUCUGCCGCAUGGCCAGCGAGCGGGCCGGCGCCUUCGAUCAGGACUACCUCAGGAAGAUGAAGGAGUCCUUUCUCAGACAGCUGCACAAACUGUGUGUAUUUGAGAACGUCGUAGAGCCCAGGACCGGGCAAGCGUAUCAGGAACCGGGACGCUUUCAUGGUGUCUUUUCCCUUGAGUUGAAUGGCAAUCGAGUGCUCUUCGAUUCACCAGUUCUGGCUGAGCAGAAUCCCAAUGCAUUCAAUGGUCCUGCCCAUAACUGGGCAGAGCUGCAGAUGCGCCUGGUGCGCAUGAACCGCCAAGACUGGCAGGUGCACAAUCGCACGGAGGCCCUAAAGUGGUGGGCCAAGUGCUUCCUUCUGGGCAUCGAAAGCCUUUAUAUAGCCCAGCGCGAUGACAACUCCUUUGUGCUCAGCAUACAAAAGACUUCCGUUCGGGAUUUGUGGAAGGAUUGCGAAAAAGAUUGGUCGACCGGUGUGUGCGCCAACUUCAUGGUGCGCCUGCUGGGCUGUAUGUCCCAAGUCAUGGCUCCGAUCGACUGUCCCAGCACCGUGUACCUGUUUAAGUUCGACGCAGCACGUGGCAAAGUGGCGUACGCGGCCUACCCAGGACGCAAUCAAUACACAUUCGUGGCCGACUGGUACCGGAUGAUGCUGGACGAGCACAGCGAAGACCUGGUUCUGAAAAAACGGGAAACACAAACCAAACCGAUGUAGCUCACAACAUCUUUCAAUGACCUAACGAACUUAGAUUUAAGGCGGAAAGGUUCCGCACCAUGCUUGACCAACACAUCAGAAACCAUUUUUUCUAAGAAUAGAAUACACUAAGUCAUGUACAAAUCGGUAACUAAUUAAAUGAAGAUUUAAGUUUAUUGCGACAUAA